GCAAGAAUUUCAUAAAAACACUUUUUGCGGAUAAAUAUGCUUUUUCUUGACAAAUCAUGUUUAUUUUUAUUUGUAGGUAAGUAUAUAAAAUUUAUAAAUAACGAUAUACCGAGAAUAUAGGCUUUUAAUACAAAAAUGUUAUUUACGAGACAUUUUAAGACAACUGACUGAACUGACACUGACACGCAAUUUCUUCAUAAUAGCCAUAGAUCAUGACAAUGUAACAUUCAAAUACUACUUAUCUAUGUGUCUUGUUAUUGUUCUAGGGUCUUGUUCAUAACGCCAUCUUACAUCUUUUUUGGUAAUAACAGUAAUAUAAAGAGAUGGCGCUACCUUCUACUAAAAGUUCAGCCAUUAAGGCACUGACCCCCCCCUGCAGCUUGGCUUUGGCUUGUAUUUCAGUUUUUGGAUGUGUUUUUGUCAAAAACCUAAAAAUAUUCUUAACUAUUCGCACCCUUAAAGCUAAUAAAUGAUAAUUUCAACGAUAGUCUGCUGAAUAAAGUGUUUAGCACUGCAUUGGGCUGUAUGAGUGUUACUGUUAGUGAGUGGACUGAUGGUCGGUGGAGCAGAAGAGUGGAGACCACGUACCGUUGUACGAAACCACACUAUAAGAUGGAGGAUGGCAUGGACAUAGAGGAACAUGAUCUGUUGAACAACCCUACUGUGAUGAGUGUGUUUUCAGAUCUUGCCGUUCUCAAACAAGAAAUAAUUGAUUUUGAUACAAAUGAAGGUGUAGCACCAGAAACAUUUACAACCCUGGAAGUACCAAAGAGAAAUAAAUACAAAAAUCAACUACACAAUUUAACGGUCUACAGUGGGAAUCAUCCUACUGAGUACUCCACUCAAGACCUGGAUGUGAAACCUGACCACCUGUGUACUGACAUGGAUGACACAAUAACUGUCAAGCGCAACAGUUUGACAGAAUUUCAUGAAGUUGAAACUGAAAUCAAGAAGGAAUCAGAGAAUGUUGUACCAAAUGAAUUGCCAUUUUACAGAAACAGAAUUAUACUCGGCAAGAUACAAGUAGAUGAGUCUGACGAAGAACGAGAAACUGAUGCACCAGGUGACUGUAAUAAUGUUGUAAACAACAAAUCAAACAAUGAUCAAGAUUUGGCAGUGUCAAUAUACACUGAUGAAAAUAGAAGCAUGAGGAUAACUAAACAGCAUUAUGAAAAAAAGGAAAAAUGUUUGCGAGCGAAAAUUAUUUUAACAAACUGUUAUACAACUCUAUUGAACAACAACUGUUACUGUGCUCAGUGUGCAGUGUUGUUCCCUACCACUGAAGCGUAUAGUGAACAUUACACGAGCACACACACCGAGACCACUCACUCAAAUAAAGCCUCGGCUUCUCUUGUGAAACGUAAACAAAUCAUAUACCCACGUGAGAAAGCAUUUGUGUGUGACACCUGCACGAAAACAUUCAGCAAAAAAACCAGCUUGAUAAAGCACAUUUUAAUUCACACUGGCGAAAAGCCAUUCGAGAGUGACAUUUGCAAGAAAACAUCGAGGCAUCGGUCUGCAAUGAAAAGACACAAGUUACUUCACACUGGGGAAAAGCCCAUCCAGUGUGACAUUUGCGCGAAAUCAUUCAACCAAAGGUGUUAUCUUAAGGAGCACAUGUUACUUCACACUGGUGAAAUUUCUUUCGAGUGUGACAUUUGCACGAAAAUAUUCAGGCACCGGUCUUCUUUGAAAACACACAAGUUACUUCACGCUGGCGAAGAGCCAUUCCAGUGUGACAUUUGCACGAAAACAUUUAGACAAAUAAGUCAUUUGAAGAACCACAAGUUACAUCACACUGGAGAGAAACCUUUCCAGUGUGAAACCUGCAAGAAAACAUUCAAAUAUGUAUCAGUUUUAAAACAACACAAGUUAACUCACACUGGCGAAAAGCCAUUCGAGUGUGACAUUUCCAACAAAACAUUUAACCAAAUAAGAAAUUUAAAAAAACACAAGUUACUUCACACUGGCGAAAAGGCGUUCCAGUGUGACAUUUGCACGAAAUCAUUUAGCCAAAUAUGUCAUUUGAAGAGCCACAAGUUAGUUCACAGUGGCGAAACGCCAUUCCAGUGUGAAAUUUGCAUGAAACCAUUUAACCAAAUAAGUCAUUUGAAGAGACACAAGUUAGUUCACACUGGCGAAAAGCCAUUAGAGUGUGACAUUAGCACGAAAACAUUUAACCAAUUAACAAAUUUGAAGAAACACAAGUUACUACACACUGGGGAAAUGCCAUUCCAGUGUGACAUUUGCACGAAAUCAUUUAACCAUAGAAGUAAUCAUAGGAGGCAUAUGUUAACUCACACUGGCGAAAAGCCAUUCGAGUGUGAAACUUGCAAGAAAACAUUUAACCGAAGAAGUAAUUUAAAGAGCCACAAGUUAAUUCACACUGGCGAAAAGCCAUUCCAGUGUGACAUUUGCACGAAAACAUUUACCCAAAGAAGAAAUUUGAAGAGCCACAAGUUAAUUCACACAGGAGAAAAUCCAUUUGAGUGUGAAACUUGCAAGAAAACAUUCAGAUAUAUAUUUGCUUUAAAUCAACACAAGUUAACUCACACUGGUGAAAAGCCAUUCCAGUGUGACAUUUGCACUAAAAAAUUUAACCGAAGAAGUCAUUUGAAGAGCCAUAAGUUAACUCACACUGGCGAAAAGCCAUUCCAGUGUGACAUUUGCACGAAAACAUUUACCCGAAGAAGAAAUUUAAAGAGCCACAGGUUACUUCACACUGGAGAAAAGCCGUUCCAGUGUGACAUUUGCAAGAAAAAAUUUAACCAAAUAAGAAAUUUAAAGACACACAAGUUACUUCACACUGGCGAAAACCCAUUCCAGUGCGAUACUUGUCACAAAAUAUUCAUGUAUCCAAAAGACUUGAAGAGGCACAACAUAAUUCACACUGGCGCAAAGCCUUUCCAGUGUGACACUUGCAAGGAAACCUUCAAAGAUAUAUAUCAAAUUUAAGUUAACUCACACUGGCGAUCACAGUAGCCUGUGGCUACUUACUACCACCACACAUACCUUACCAAGUUACCACAACAACCAGAAGAACUUACCAUAACCUUACCUUACCAGAAAGCAAACCAAUACCAGAAAUAAUAGCCAGAAUAAUAAGCAAUAUUUUAUUUAACAUUGCAUCGGUUGUAAGUUCAUGAAACAAGAUUCAGUUCUGAAAAGAACUAUUUAUGCAGCAAGCAGAAGCAAGCGGCAGCAGUGACGACCACGCGGCGGCGCGGAGAGCGCGACGCGGCUCGCACGAUGUCCGAGCAAGGAACAGAAGCGAGUCCCCGCGUCGCGAGUACUGAAGCUACGCCCGCGCGCCCCGCGGACUCCCCGAGCACAACCAUUUCUUAUAUAUAAGUAGGCUAACUCUUGUAAAUAAAUUAUUCAUAUUCUGUCCACUCAGAGUAUCUUUUCUACCUACUCGCCUACACCAAUUCUCAAAAUAUUCACGUAUUCCGUGGGUAUUUAGAGAAGUACGUUAAAUGAAGUUUUAGGUAGUAUAUUCAAGUAUACUACCUUACGUGAAUCAAAAUGUUCCAACCAGUCCUCAUAAAUUGACAAAAUACGAACAUGUAUCCAACUCACCCAAAAACCUUUCGGAAUAGCCCACCUGCACCUUAUAAUUAUUAAUGCCUAACUAAAACUAACUAAUAUAAAAUACUUAUAUUAUGUACCUAGAUCAUAUAUAUAUAUAUAUAUAGCCGUGUCCCGGUCGUCGGUGCACACAUGGCGGCGUACAGUUGACGGCGAGCUGCGAGCGCAAGCGCUGAGCUGGACAGAAGCCAGGACAGUUGCUGAGGACAGGACGGCGCGGCGCACUCUUGCGAAGGCCCUCUGUACCACCGCGGCACUAGCACAGCAACAGGUACCACAAAUAUGAA